GACGUGCGCGCCGUCGUGGUGGGCUUCGACCCGCACUUCAGCUACAUGAAGCUCACCAAGGCCGUGCGUUACUUGCAGCAGCCCAGCUGCCUGCUCGUGGGCACCAACAUGGACAACCGGCUCCCCCUCGAGAACGGCCGCUUCAUCGCGGGUACCGGUUGUCUGGUCCGAGCUGUGGAGGUGGCCGCUGAGCGCCAGGCCGACAUUAUAGGGAAGCCCAGCCGCUUCAUCUUCGACUGCGUGUCCCAGGAGUACGGCAUCAACCCCGAGCGCACCGUCAUGGUGGGAGAUCGCCUGGACACAGACAUCCUCCUGGGCGUCUCCUGUGGCCUAAAGACCAUCCUCACCCUCACUGGAGUCUCCUCUCUAAGAGAUGUGAAGAGUAACCAGGAAAGUGACUGCAUGUCUAAAAGGAAAAUGGUCCCUGACUUCUAUGUUGACAGCAUAGCCGACCUUUUGCCUGCCCUUCAAGGUUAAAGAUUUAGCGUCUUUAAUCUACAGAAUAAAAAAAAAAUUGAAAACCA